CUCACCAUCGACACAAACACAGUAAACAGAAAGAUCAAACUGUCUGACAACAACAGGAAGGUAACACGUGUGAAGGAGGAUCAGUCAUAUCUUGAUCAUCCAGACAGAUUUGACCAGUGGCCUCAGCUGCUGUGUAGUAAUGGUCUGACUGGUCGCUGUUACUGGGAGGUCGAGUGGAGAGGAAGGGUUGAUAUAUCAGUGAGUUACAGAGGAAUCAGAAGGAGAGGAGACAGAGAAAACUGUUUGUUUGGAUGGAACGAUCAGUCCUGGGGUCUGACCUGCUCUGAUGGUGGUUACUCUGUUUGGCACAAUAAUACAAUGACACCUGUCUCCUCCUCCUCUUCAUCAUAUUCCUCUGUCUCUGACAGAGUAGCAGUGUAUGUGGACUGUCCUGCUGGCUCUCUGUCCUUCUACAGAGUCUCCUCUGACUCACUGAUCCACCUCUACACCUUCAACACUACAUUCACUGAACCUCUGUAUGCUGGAUUUGGGCUCUUGUUCUGGUCGUCUGGUUCCUCAGUGUCUCUGUGUAGAGUGUAGCAGAGAGAGUCUCCUCCUGUUAGAGAAACUCUCUCUCUGUUGAACAGAUAGUUCAGUCUGUACAUGUCUGUCUCUUUCACUCACACACACCUUUUCAGAUUCAUGUAUUAAAGCAGUUUGUUUGUUAAACGCUUCUAAAUGAUUUCUUGUAAACUUCUUCCAGUCCUUUAAA